AUGUCGCUGAGCUUGCAAAGCCGCUGGAUCCCUGGGCUCUGCCGGCACCACCAGACCCAGUGCGAACAGGCCUCAGUUACCGGUGGCUGCAGAAAGGUCGUUCAAGGGAAGAUAUCUCUGGUUUUGGAGUCCAGGAGCCUUUCAGAGAGAGAAAAGAUGUGGAACAGGUCGUGUGCUGCUGAGACGACGGAGCCAGAGCCAGAUCCAGACCUGGGUUCCCAGGAAACCCCAAUGACACAAAACGGAACAACUCACGUGCCCAUCCCCCCCCAGGCUGGAGAGAGCUGCACAAUCUGCCCUACAGGUUUGCUGUCUGGGUUGAAACCAUGGGCACGUCGCUGGGCAGUUCAGAGUGUGAGUCUCAAUCUCGUACUGAUCAUCACCAUCAUCAUCUUCAUCAUUGCACUGUCAGCAAAGAAACCUGAGCCGUGUCCAGCUGAUCCCACCUGCCCAGAUGGCUGGGUCGGAUACCUGGGGAAGUGUUACUAUUUCUCACAGGCUGAAGGGAGCUGGACCCACAGCCAGAGCCACUGCUCUGUCCUCGGUGCCUCCCUGGCGGUGAUUGACACCCAGCAGGAAAUGGCUUUCCUGCUGCGCUAUAAAGGACCCUCUGACCACUGGAUUGGCCUCCGGAGGGAACCGGGCCAGCACUGGAUGUGGACCAACGGCACCAAAUUCAACAACUGGUUUCCAAUAGCGGGAGGAGGCCUGUGUGCUUUUGCAGACAAUGGCGAAAUUGUCAGUUCAGGCUGCUCCAGGGAGGGACACUGGAUCUGCAGCAAAGCAGCAGAGAAACCAGCAGGCAGAGCAAAGUGAUUGACCCUGGAUGCGUCGGGCCUUGUCCUUCCAGUGGGGCUGGCCCAGCUGCCUCAGCGCGUGGGGAACUGGACGGGGCUGGCGAAGGGGGACAGCCCAGCAGCAAGGAAGAGAGACGCUCGCUGAAGGACAUCAGGUAGCUCCUCCCCUUGGAGCCUCUGGCCCCCAUUGGCCCAUUGGGGGACUGGGGUGAGGGUGCAGAUUGGCCAGCAGCCCCCAGCUCACUCUCUGGCACAGAGACAGGAACCUUUUGACUUGGAAAUCAGCAGGGGAGCAGCCAAGCUGCUGUGUCCCUCCUGUCAGGGGCCCAGGGCAGGAGCCUGGCCCGGGCUGUGGCUAGAGCCAAUGUACCGGCUGGGGCCAGUGGGAGGUGCUGUGACCCCUGCAGCCAUGGGGCGAAGGGGCCGGUGUGACCCCUGCAGCCAUGGGGCGAAGGGGCCGGUGUGAACCCUGCAGCCAUGGGGCAAGGACACAUGAACUCUGCUGUACAGCGAGAAGGGCUGUUGUGCAGGCCCUGCUGAGCAUUGUGGGAGCGUG